AUGACAGAUAAGAAUGAAUGGGUUAUAUUUAUCAAAAACAUUCCGUAUGAUAUCAAUGAAAAUGGACUAUCCGAAUGGUGUAUGUCAUUUGGUCCAGUGAAGGAAUGCUCGUUAAAACGUGAUAGAUUUGGCCAUUCACGCGGCUUUGCCUUCGUUUCGUUCGCAAAUAUUGAUGGUUAUAGUAAUAUAUUAUCAUCUGGUCCGCAUUCCUGUCUAGGCCGACCGUUAAUAGUCAAAUCAGCAAAUGAGCAAAAGAGUUCGAACGAUUCGCCAUCCUAUGCUUCGGAUCAACAAUCACAAGCAACAUCGUUCCUGUCGACUAAUGAUAACUUUAGCUCGACUACGGUCGACAAUGGUGUCGCAUUUGAUGAUGAAAAUCAGAAUCAUCUAGCAAAUCUACGCGAUGAAUUGGAAGCGAAUCUUGAAUGUCUUCAAAUUGCACAUGAUCAUGAAGUGAAAAUUCUCAGUGAAAAACUUGCGAAGGAAAAGAAGCUUUAUCAAGAUGCUCUUGAGUCGUACAAAGACGUUGAAGAAAACUUGACAAAAGUUCGAGAGGAUAAUAUUCGAAUACGCACAUCCUUAAUCAAAAAUGUCAUGCAAACAUUCAAUAUUCGACGGAAUUUAGCUCGUCAAAUCAAAGAACAGAUAAACAAUUGUAGUCAAAUCGAAGGACAAUGUGACACACUUCGACAACAAACGACUUAA